AUGAAAAUCUCCCAGAGAGAGACAAAAAGAGCAGAAACCUCCAUUCAGCCUCCCAAUUCCCACGAGAAUCACAGGUACUUGAUAAUCACAAAGAAAGGCGUUUUGGAGGGUUUCGCAGUAAGGAAAACCUCCCAAGAACUCUUCAGCCGGGUGCAGGUUGCACUCUUCAGCCGGGUGCAGGUUGCACUCUUCAGCCGGGUGCAGUACUUGGACCGUGAGACUGUUUCAGCCACAUUCAUUGACAGCAGUGGACAGUUUGUCUCCUCCCAGGCAACAGGCAUUAGCCGGAGCCUCUACUGUGGCUAUGAGCACCAGACCCUCUCCAGUCAGGAACGUGUGGAGGAGGACUCUCUGCUGUCUGGCUUGCAGGUGCCUGAUGUGGGCCUGGUCCCUUUCGUGAAGAGCACUGACCCUUCUUCGAGCUACUUUGUCAUCUUGAACUCUGCAGCCUUCUUCAAGGUGGGAAGCCAGCUGGAAGUGCUGGUUCAUAUGCAGGAUUUUCAAGGAAAGCCCAAGAAAUAUGGUGGAGAUUACCUGCAGGCCAGAAUCCAUUCCCCUGCCCUGCAAGCAGGAGCUGUGGGCAGAGUGGUAGACUACCAGAAUGGGUUUUACAAGGUCUUUUUUACCUUGCUCUGGCCAGGCCAAGUUAAAGUGUCCAUAUCUCUGGUUCACCCCAGUGAGGGGAUCAGAGUUCUUCAGCACCUACAGGAAGAGAAACCAGACAGGGUCUACUUCAAGAGUCUCUUUCGUUCAGGAAGAAUUUCUGAAACUACUGAGUGCAAUGUGUGUCUUCCUGGGAGUCUGCCCCUGUGCAACUUUACAGAUCUCUACACUGGAGAGCCCUGGUUCUGCUUCAAACCAAAGAAGCUCCCUUGCAGCAGCAGAAUUAACCAUUUCAAAGGUGGAUACCUCAAGGGCCUUCUAAGUGCUUCAGAGAGUGCUUUCUUCCAGAGUGGUGUUAAUAUCAAAAUGCCUAUCAACUCCAGUGGACCUGAUUGGGUGACUGUGAUUCCCAGGAGAAUAAAAGAAACUAACAACCUAGAAGUAUCUCAAGGCUCAGGAACUUUUCCUUCUGGGUAUUAUUACAAAGAUCAUUGGAGGCCCAGAAAGUUCAAGAUGCGCCAGUUUAAUCACCCUGACAACAUUACAGAAUGCUUAAAAAGAAAAAUGGUGUAUUUAUUUGGUGACUCAACAAUUAGGCAGUGGUUUGAAUACCUCACAACGUUUGUUCCAGAUUUAGUGGAAUUUAACUUGGGUAGCCCCAAGAAUGUGGGUCCCUUCCUUGCAGUGGACCAGAAGCACAACAUCCUGCUCAAAUACCGCUGCCAUGGUCCGCCUAUCCGCUUCACGACUGUCUUUAGCAAUGAGCUCCAUUAUGUGGCAAAUGAACUGAAUGGGAUUGUGGGAGGGAAGAACACAGUGGUUGCCAUAGCUGUAUGGUCUCACUUUAGUACCUUCCCCUUGGAAGUGUACAUCCGGAGGCUCAGGAACAUCCGCCGAGCAGUGGUCCAGCUCCUGGAUCGAAGCCCUAAGACUGUGGUGGUCAUCCGAACAGCCAAUGCUCAAGAACUGGCUGAGGUGAGCCUUUUCAACAGCGACUGGUACAACCUUCAACUGGACACUAUCCUUCGGAGGAUGUUCUCAGGGGUUGGAGUGUAUCUUGUUGAUGCCUGGGAGAUGACUCUGGCCCAUUAUUUACCCCACAAGCUGCAUCCAGAUGAAGUUAUUGUGAAGAACCAGCUGGACAUGUUCUUGUCUUUUGUGUGCCCUUUGGAGACCUAGCCUGCCCUCAAAGGGACUAGAGUAAUCACAUUCAGCGACAUUCCCAGUUGACAUGCAUUAUAGAAAGUUUGUGAAUGGCUACAUUGUGAGACGCCUGCCAUCAAUAUGUACAAAAUUUCAAAAAGAGCUGUACUUUAUGUAAUGACUUAAAAAAGAUCUUCAGAAAAUGCAGGCUACAUUUUUAUCUACCUAUAGGAUUUUUUUCCAAUCUUGACUUAGCCAUGGUAAAACUCAUAUUAACAGCAUCUACACACUGAAUUGCUCUUGUAAGCAAAGAUGCUAAUGAGUGUAUUUGAGUGAGCUUCUCCUGCAAAUGGAGAUUACUGUGCUAAAGCAUGUAGGAAAUGCUCUGAUAUAAAUGAAGGGGACAAAGUUGGUUGCAGUGGAUGUUUGUAGCUUACCUGGUAAUGGAAAUUGAACACAUCUUCAUGAGUAGGAUGAGUGGUCCAUCUUCAGCGGGUAAACUGGAGAGAGCUUAUAGUCAGAGGGUCCUGUGAAUUCACUGAAGACUGCCAUGUCUCUGGAGUUUCUCUUGAUCUACCUUUUCUGAAUUACUUGAAAAGGCCAAAGUGCUUGUUCAGAAUUUUAUAGUGAGGAUAUUAAAAAUGUCCUGCUUUUAUCUAGGAAAGAAGCAAAAGGGAAAUGUGAAAGCAGUAUGUAAAAAAUCUCUGCUUCGAAUUGAUAUUUGCAUUGGAUAAUUAUUUCUUAUUUGAUUCAGCUAAAUUUUAUGUGAUGAAUACUUACUACAGAAUAACCACUUUUGGAACUGAAGGGGAAGUCUAUAAACAGAAGUUUAUUUUUAUGUUCUGAAGUUUGCAGGUUUUAAGAAUUGACUUUGAUGUAAAGAAUACUACUGAUUAUUAUAAAAUUGUAUAAGUUUUUUCCAUCAAUUUCAAGUGUUUCUUUUUAUUUUGAACUAUAUACCAAAAUUAGAAAUGAAAAACUAAGAAAUUAAUAAAAAUAGAUAUUAAUACCCAUGACAGGUAUUUCUUGAUUUGAGCAUAAGGUAUAUGUAUUGUCUCAUGCUUGGAAGUAAAA